AUGAAUGUUCACUCGUCAGGCGUUAUAGGGAGGAAUGAACACAUUUCGGCGCACAUACCAAGUUCCUUCACACAAACCCGCUGUCUGUUAAGACGCUUUUGAUAUUCGCGGGCGCGGCCGUUUCAAAAAGCACACGUGGGAGACUUCCAAUAGAUAGUUUGACGCCGUUGCCAUGGAAACAGAAUCCUUGCGCCGCGUAUCUUGAACGUCAUUUUGACUGACGGACGAAACGCCGCCCAGGAGACGCGGAGGCUGAAGUAUUCCCACAGAUGUCGGCGUCGACACGACAAAAACAAAGUUGAGAGUGAGAAGGUGUAGUUCAUGGCCAACAGCAGCACCUGAAGACGCCUCUCCGCUCAUAAACCUCGCCAUGGAUGUGCUGAAAUCAGCCAGAAGGGCUUUUAUUCGCAGCCCCAGCCUGACCAAACAGUCCCGGGGCUCAGGCAAACACCAGAAGCUCCCUGAGAACUGGACUGACACGAGAGAGACUCUUCUGGAGGGAAUGACCUUUAACCUUCGUCAUCUGGGCAUGACUCUGGUGGACCAACCCAAAGGCGAGGAGCUCUCAGCUGCUGCUGUCAAGAGGAUUGUUGCCACGGCCAAAGCCAGCGGAAAGAAACUGCCUAAAGUGGCCCUGAAAGUGUCUCCUCAGGGAAUCGUCCUGUGCGACAGUGUGUCCAACCAGCUGAUUGAGAACAUUUCCAUAUACAGGAUAUCAUACUGCACAGCUGACAAGAUGCAUGACAAAGUGUUUGCUUUCAUCGCUCAGAACCAGCAGAAUGAGACGCUGGAGUGCCACGCAUUCUUCUGUGCCAAACGGAAAGUGGCCCAGGCAGUCACGCUGACGGUGGCCCAGGCCUUCAGAGUGGCCUUCGAGUUCUGGGAGGUUGCCAAAGAAGAGAGAGAGAAUCAUGUGAAAUGGGAUUCAGCUGGAGAGGCGUCCAACAGCUCACAGUCAGAGAGAUCGGUCAGCCUGAACAGCCUGAAAGGUGUAUGUAUUCUAGCAGUAGCUACAGAGAACCUGUUGGACAUUGAUGAUUCCUCAUCUGCUGUGGUAAAUGUGGACAAUCCUCCCGAACCCAACAACAACAGCACCCCUCUAUGGGAGAUCGAUGAUGGUCUGGAAGAGGCUUUUUCAAGCUGCAGUUUGGAUAGCUAUGAGUACUCUCCAGACUUGCUGAGUCUCGUACUAACCCCCAGGUCCUGGACAUUGGGCUGACGCCUCAGGACUGGAACUCUGAGACCGAUUGGGACAAGACCAAUGGAAACGCACCAAACGCAGAUGUGCUCUUCAGCCUCUGAGCUGUAGUAGAUCUGGGAACCUCAUGCAGGAGUCUGCUGUCAGUUGAGAGGGCAGCACACUGGUCCCUCUCGUCUUGAUCAUCUGCUCCGUCACACCAAAGCAAUAGCAGAUGAGUCUAUUUUUGCAAAAAAAAAAAAAAAAAAACUAUACUGUGCCGUGAGUUUACAUGCUUUAUUUUUAUCAAUCCAAAUGUAUACAGAUUAAUGUAUGUAGAUACCAGAAUCAGUAUUGUUUUCAUGUAUGUUUAUCAUAUAAUAUAUAACAUUGUGUAUAUUCAGGUAUGCUAUAGAGCUACUUUAAAGUCUAAUCCUGUAGUUUGCUGCUUUGAGAUUCAUUUAUCACCACAAUUCUCUUCAUUAAUGAUAACAUGGAAAUUAGCAUUAAUUUCACAGUACAGCUUGUCUUUAGCAUCUUACGAUGCCUAGGAGUCAUUUCAGUAUUUACAAUUUUUUAUAAAUCCAGACUGUAUAUGAUUGUUAUAACACCCAAAGGGGCCAUUUAAUAUUUCUCUAAGAAGUAUAAUAAAAGUGUUACUAUUAUCUAA